GUACCGGGCUCUGCUCAGUGGCAAAAUCGAGCGCGGAACGGAGGCGCUGGAUCGGGAGGUCGACGAACUCAAAGCAUACAGGGCUGACCUUGAAGCGAAACGAGAGGCGCUUGAGUCCCGAGACCAAAGUGUCACGAAAUCGUGGAUUACAUCGCUCGAU